GGUCUUGAAGAGGCGGGGCCGAAAGGGCGUGUCUUUAAGGGGCGGGGCUAGAGGUAAGCCGGGGGGCCAACGGGGGCCUUGGCUCGGGAAAGAGCUGGGGAGGCAUAGCCUAAAAAACACAUGGAUGGGGGGAUGGCUCUCAGUACAGGAACAGACUUGACCCCCUCCCAGUUAAAGGGUGCAAAAUACCAAUAAGGUAAAUGUUGGAAAGUCAGGCUCUCAGGCAAAUGGGAAAUUACGAGGAGACGCACCCCACUCCCCGAGAGCACCUUAUUUCUCUGAUCUCCGAGGAAAGAGCACUGGAUUUAGAGUCAGGACUUCUCCGUUUGCUGGCACUGUCACUUACUGGCUGUGUGAUCUUGGAUAAUCUCAUAAUCUUUCUGAGCCUCAGUUUGCUGUUUUUCAAAGAGGAUUGAGAGGGAUACCUACCUUACAGUGUUGUUGUGGGGAAUUACUCAGAUAAAGGGUGUGAACAUGUUUUUAAAGUGUAAAGGGAAGGGCUGUGUCAUUAUGAGAUGUUAUCAUUCUUCUCUCUUUUUCUUCCCAGAGACCCCCCCGGCCGCCCUCCUCCUUCCCUUGUUCCUGUGGCUGGGGGGGUACCCCCUCCCUCCACGCCAUGGAGCCAUCUCCUCUCUCUCCCGGUGGGGCAGCACUCCCCCUGCCUCUAUCACUGGCCCCACCCGCACUGCCCCUGCCUGCAGCUGCAGUGGUACACGUGUCCUUCCCUGAGGUGACCAGUGCCCUCCUGGAGUCCCUCAAUCAGCAGCGGCUACAGGGCCAGCUCUGCGAUGUGUCCAUCCGAGUGCAGGGCCGGGAGUUCAGGGCUCAUCGUGCUGUCCUGGCUGCCUCCUCCCCUUACUUCCACGACCAGGUUUUACUCAAGGGCAUGACCUCCAUCUCGCUGCCCAGCGUCAUGGACCCAGGCGCCUUCGAGACUGUCCUGGCUUCGGCUUACACUGGCCGCCUCAGCAUGGCUGCUGCUGACAUUGUCAACUUCCUCACAGUGGGGUCGGUGCUCCAAAUGUGGCACAUUGUGGAUAAGUGCACGGAACUCCUCCGCGAAGGCCGGGCUUCCGCCACCACCACCAUCACCACUGCUGCAGCCACCUCUGCCACUGUCCCUGGUGCUGGGGUCCCAUCAGGGAGCGGGGCCACCGUGGCCCCUGCCACCAUGGGCUCUGUGCGUUCCCAUGCCUCCAGCCGGGCCAGUGAGAAUCAGUCCCCCAGCAGCAGCAACUACUUCAGCCCCCGAGAGUCCACUGAUUUCUCAUCUUCCUCCCAAGAGGCAUUUGCAGCUUCGGCAGUGGGCAGUGGCGAGCGUCGAGGAGGUGGCCCUGUAUUCCCAGCCCCUGUGGUUGGCAGUGGGGGGGCUACUUCUGGGAAGCUGCUGCUAGAGGCAGAUGAGCUAUGCGACGAUGGCGGGGAUGGGAGGGGUGCUGUGGUUCCUGGGGCUGGGCUCCGGCGGCCCACCUACGCACCGCCCAGCAUCAUGCCACAGAAGCACUGGGUAUACGUGAAGCGGGGUGGAAACAGCCCAGCACCAGCACCCCUCGUUCCUCAAGACCCAGAUCUGGAAGAGGAUGAUGAGGAGGAAGACCUGGUGUUGACCUGUGAGGAUGAUGAAGAUGAAGAGCUGGGGGGUGGCUCCAGGGUUCCCGAGGCUGGGGGACCUGAGGCUACUCUUAGCAUAAGUGAUGUCCGGACCCUAACUGAGCCUCCGGACAAGGGAGAGGAGCAGGUCAAUUUCUGUGAGUCUUCCAAUGACUUUGGCUCCUAUGAGGGUGGGGGUGCUGGGGCAGGGCUUGACGAUUCAGGGGGGCCAACCCCUUCCUCCUAUGCCCCCUCCCACCCUCCGAGGCCCCUGCUUCCCCUGGACAUGCAGGGCAACCAGAUCCUAGUCUUCCCAUCGUCUUCAUCUUCCUCCUCCUCCUCACAGGCUCCAGGCCAGCCACCAGGGAACCAAGCUGAACACGGGGCAGUGACCCUGGGGGGCACCUCGGCAGGUGCCCUGGGCAUGCCCGGUGGUGCCGGGGGGACCCCUGGAGGGACAGGCGGUGGGGAUGGGAAUAAGAUCUUUUUGUGCCACUGUGGGAAGGCCUUCUCCCACAAGAGCAUGCGCGAUCGGCACGUGAAUAUGCACCUCAACCUGCGGCCCUUUGACUGCCCCGUGUGCAACAAAAAGUUUAAGAUGAAGCACCACCUGACCGAGCACAUGAAGACACACACAGGUCUCAAACCCUAUGAGUGUGGCGUCUGCGCCAAGAAGUUCAUGUGGCGAGACAGCUUCAUGCGCCACCGGGGACACUGUGAGCGCCGGCACCGCCUGGGCGGGGGCGGGCCGGGACCCGGGGGGCCUGCGGGGCCAGCCUUGCCACCCAAGAGAGAGUCCCCUGGAGUGGGCGGGGGCAGCGGCGAUGAGGCGAGUGGGGCCACGCCCCAGUCCAGCCGAAGGGUCUGGUCCCCACCCAGCGUCCACAAGGUGGAGAUGGGCUUUGGUGGAGGUGGAGGAACAAACUGAAGGGGCAGGCUCCUGGAGGUAGCUUUCCGGAUAGAGGAAAUAGGGAGCACGAGCCAAGGGGCUCUGUGGCCCUCUGAUGAUCUCCCACCACACUUAAUGUCUUCCUUAUCUCUAUGGACUUGUAUAUAUUUUGGAGGGGGAACCAUGUUGCACCAUCGGCCCCAUUCCAUUCCUCAGCGCCUCUCCCACGAAGUAUCCCCGGAACUAAGUCCUUCCUUCCUCUCAGAUGGGUACACUGAAGCCCCAGCUCCAGACUAGGGCACAUAUGGUGGGGGGAGGGAGGGGGGGCAUGGAGCAUCCUGGAGUCACAGGGUCAAGGGUCAGGUGGUUGUAGUCUGUACCUGAAGUCUGUGUUUGUGUUGUUGUGGGGACCAGGCCUUUGAGCCCCACCCUUGUCCUAGAACCCACCCCACCUCCCUAAGGACGUGCCCUAUAUUUCCACCCUCAUCCCUCCUAUCCUUCCUUGGGGCCCCCCCAGCUGGAUUCUCAUUGAGGAGGGAGUGAAGACAAAGAGGGAGUAAGUCGUAAGAAUACAAGGUUUUUAUUUUAAAUCUUAUUUUUUUUAAAUGGUGAUUAAAAUAUUUAUUGGUCAUUUCA